GCUCAGUUGCCUCGCAGUCGCGCGCUCUCUUAGACGCUUUCGCUUCCUCCCGAUCGACCCGCUGUGCUCCGCUUGUGUGCAUCUGGCUAAUUAACUGAAUGUCAAAGACUCCCAAAGACGCUCGCGCGCGCAGUCUGUGUGCGCGACAUUGUGAAACUCUUUAAUCUGAUACGGAUCGGAAAAGCCCAGAGGCAGAUGGUUCUCGUUCCAUAAAAGCGCAUGCCCGCUGCGAUAUUGGUUUCACUUUACGCCGGCUAAGGGACAGGCACAGGCACAGCCCCAGGCCCAACAUUACACGCCCCGCUCUCCAUCCGAUCCAAGAAAAUCAAAAUUAAACUUGAGCUUGAGCUUAAUUCGGAAUCGGAUUCGGAAUCGAAACCGAAAACAACAACGGUUCAGUAGAAACUAAAGUGAAAAGCAAACCGACUAAUUGAAGUGCCUGUCUUCCACUCUCCCCCUUCGUAUCACGCUCUCUUCGUUUCGCAAGCGUGCAAAGGAAACAAACAAAACGGAAUAAAAAGCACAUCAGAAAGAGCCCAACGCACAAAAUAUUUAUAAAUAUAUUAACCAAACGACAACUACGGCAGCAGCAGCAGCAGCAACAACUACAACAUCGUCAUCAUCAUCAUCAACAACAGAAAUAAUAAUAAUACUACCACUACCAACAAAAGUCCGGCAUUAAUAUUUAGUCGUGCCAGUUUAUUUAUUUUAUAUACGGGUAUACGCCAAGCUCAUAAAAAGCGGCUACAACAACUGCGGAAAAAAAAAAACAAAAACAAAGUUGAAGCAAUAAGAAAAUCGGAAUAAGCCCCAGACCAAGCGAUCAUCGCCGCCUCUAUAUACACUCGUACCUGUAUACCAAAACACGACACAGACGGCUGCCCCCAGAGCCGUCCACAGAAUCCCCUAUACCAUAUUGGAGUACGAGAAUACAUAACCGAUAUCGGACAAAAUGCCGCCCAUGUGGUACCAGCUGAUCAAAAUUUUGGUGCUCCUCUUCGCCCUCUUUACCACGAUAGUUUGUAUCAAUAGCGAAAUAUCGAAACGACGCGAAGCUGAGGCAGCGGCAGCGGCUGCAGCUGCAGAAUUGGCGGCCCUGGCAGCUGCCGGAGCAGCAGGCCACCCACCCAACCCCACAGAUAUGUCCGACUUUAUGUCCGACAAUCUGCUGCACAUCCUACGAAACAAGGCCAAGGAGAAUCAGGGCAAGGAGAAUCCAGACGAAGCGGAGAGAAAGGAUCAUCAGUUGCAGCCGGAGGAGUUGCCCGCCAAGGAUCUCAAUCAAAUCCUUACUGAGCUUUUCGUAGUGACCGACGACGCAGGUGUGCAUCUUUUCAAUGGCACAAAUCCGGCAGCGGCAAUGAUGCCAGAGCAACCGAAUCAUGCCCACAGGACGGGAACGCCGCCAGAGAACCCUAUUGUCUAUCCCGAUUCAGCAGUCAUGCACCAGAUGAGGACCACCACCACGCCGCCAGUGAUCACGCCGGAUGUACCCCAGUGCGUCGAGGAUCAGACCAAUCAAAAGUCCAAGUCCUUCUGCACCCAGGUGGAGAACUAUCCGGAUCUGUCGCGCAUUAAGGGAAAGCUCGCGCAGAACUUCUCCCAUUUCUUCAGUGAUCCCGAGCCCGUGCCCACGGAUAUCAGUUCACGAUUGGGCCCCAAUGACGAGGUGUUCCUGUGCAGGAGCCAUCGCAGGUACCUGUACCCCCAGUCAGGCCGGAAGUCGGACAACACCUGGCAGUUUAUAGUCAACAACGAAGAGUUCAAGCAGGGCAUCCUAGUCGAGGAGUGCGAAAACAAGGAUACACCCUGUGACUACUCAUCGAGCUUCCCGCAGCGAUAUAAGCCCAUCUGCAAGCAGCACUAUGUAAUGCGAAUGCUCGCCAGCAUCCGCAAUACGAGCGGCGAGGAGCUGGACGUGGCCCAGGAGUCCUUCCAGAUACCCUCCUGCUGCAAGUGUGUGCUCAAAGUCCUCUAAACGAGACCUUCGAGUCGCUCGAGUAGCUGCGAUAAUGUGAUUUGGAGCACAAAAGUUUUACCCACCACAGAAAGGCAGGCCAAACUGUCCAGGGGUCGUUGUUUUAUAAUUUGUAUUUUAAUGCACAAAAAACAUAUGUAUAAUCCACCCAAUGGAAUCCACCAAUGCUGGCCGAUCCCAGGCAGAAUCCGAUCUAAGUUAAGGCAUUUUAAUCACCUAUCGUCGAGUCAGUGUUAACAUAUUCGUGUCAUAUUUCCGCGCCUGGUUGUCCAUUGUGUCCCCAGUGUUUAAGCUAAGCUGCAUGCAAUUAUAUUGUAGUCCUAGAGUACGAAAAAUCAUUUCAAAAAUGUAUGUUAACAACAACAACAACGAAAACGAAAAUGUAUGCAAGUACAUGACA